CCAUCGGACUCACCGACUAGGUGGCCAUCAGCAUCCACAAGCCCUGCCUGGAUAGGGAAGCCGGUCAAAGGGGCACAGGCCCAGCUGAAUGCGCUUCUGGCCGAAGCCCUCGCUCUCCACAUGAAGGUCUCUGCCUCUCCAGGAGGUAGGCCUGCCCCCCAUGGACUUCCUGCUUCUCUGGGUCUGGACCAGCGAUAUCCAACGGAAAGAUUUCCAGGUAGGAGACUCGCACGGUGAUGGCGUGGGUGGGGCGCUCCUCGAUCAUCCUGAAGACCUAGGUGGGAGACGGAUGGCAGUCACCACACAGGACUGAGCAGGCAACCAGUAUUGGGGGCCUUUGGACCCCAGGGAGAACAUCUGGAAGUGCGAGCAGGCCUGGGCCAGCCAGGACCAGGGCGUGAAGGCUACCAGUGACAUCAGGAAUUCCACCAUGGAGUAUGGAGGGCUCCAGGACACAAAGCACACGGUCACCCUUCCUCUUGGCCUGGAGCUGGACCCCGUCCUGAAAGUGCUUCCGGGUGUUGACAGAGCGGACCUGCCAGGGCAACCUGGGGCUGUGGAAAUCAGGGUUUGCACACAGGUGCUCUCGUUCCUGGGAUUCAGUGUGAGAGACGGAGCCAGGGACUGGCUAUUAGUCCAAGAUCGGGGACCACAAGUUCAGUGCUCACCGGAUCGUCCUAGCGGCAUCCAUCCCAUACUUCCAUGCCAUGUUUACCAACGACAUGAUGGAGUGCAAGCAGGAUGAGAUUGUCAUGCAAGGGAUGGACCCAAGUGCCCUGGAGGCUCUGAUCAACUUUGCAUACAACGGCAACCUGGCCAUCGACCAGCAGAACGUGCAGUCGCUGCUGAUUGGGGCGAACUUCCUGCAGCUGCAAAGCAUCAAAGACGCCUGCUGCACGUUCCUCCGAGAACGGUUACACCCAAAAAACUGCCUGGGUGUGCGCCAGUUUGCAGAGAUGAUGAUGUGCGCUGUGCUGUACGACGCAGCCAGCAGCUUCGUCCACCAGCACUUUGUGGAGGUGUCGCUGUCGGAGGAGUUCCUGGCCCUGCCGCCAGAGGGCGUGCUCGAGCUCCUGGCCCGGGAGGAGCUGAACGUGAAGUCGGAGGAGCAGGUCUUCGAAGCUGCACUGGCCUGGGUCAGAUAUGACCGGGAACGGAGGAGUCCCUGCCUGCCCGAGCUGCUGUCCAUCAUCCGCCUGCCUCUCUGCCGUCCCCAGUUCCUGACUGACCGAGUACAGCAGGAUGACCUGAUCCGCAGCUGCCACAAGUGCAGGGACCUGGUGGACCAAGCAAAGGACUAUCACCUCAUGCCUGAGCGGCAGCCGCACCUCCCGGCCUUCAGAACUCGGCCUCGCUGCUGCACGUCCAUCACCGGGCUGAUCUAUGCUGUGGGCGGCCUCAAUUCAGCAGCACAUUUUUAUGCAGGUGAUUCCCUGAAUGUGGUGGAAGUGUUUGACCCCAUCGCCAACCACUGGACCAAGUGCCAUCCCAUGACGACAGCCCGCAGCCGGGUGGGCGUGGCCGUGGUGAACGGGCUCCUCUAUGCCAUCGGGGGCUAUGAUGGCCAGCGGCGGCUGAGCACAGUGGAGGCCUACAACCCGGAGACGGACUCGUGGACCCGUGUGGGCAGCAUGAACAGCAAGAGAAGUGCCAUGGGGACCGUCGUGCUAGACGGGCAGAUCUAUGUCUGUGGGGGCUAUGACGGCAACUCUUCCCUCAACUCCGUGGAGACAUACUCGCCCGACACUGACAAGUGGACCGUGGUGACUCCGAUGAGCUCGAACCGCAGUGCUGCUGGCGUCACGGUCUUCGAGGGCAGGAUCUAUGUGUCCGGUGGCCACGACGGCCUGCAGAUCUUCAGCAGUGUGGAGCACUACAACCACCACACAGCCAGCUGGCACCCGGCCGCCGGCCUGCUCAACAAGCGCUGCCGCCACGGGGCCGCCUCCCUGGGCAGCAAGAUGUUCGUGUGCGGGGGCUAUGACGGCUCCGGCUUCCUGAGCAUCGCUGAGGUGUACAGCUCCACGGCGGACCAGUGGUGCUUCUUCGUCCCCAUGCACACGCGCCGCAGCCGGGUCUCCCUUGUAGCCAGCUGCGGGCGGCUCUACGCAGUGGGAGGCUACGAUGGACAGUCGAACCUGAGCUCCGUGGAGAUGUACGACCCCGAGACGGACUGCUGGACAUUCAUGGCCCCCAUGGUGUGCCACGAGGGAGGGGUCGGCGUGGGCUGCGUCCCCCUCCUCACCAUCUAAGGCCAAGGGUGGGGCACAGCGGGGUAGGGAUCUGGUACAAACCUAGGCGCCUCUGCUUCCUGAGGCUGAGCCCUUCAGGGAGAGGUGAGGGACCGGAAGACAGGGUGAAAUGCGAGCUCGCGGGAGGUUCGGCUUCUCCAGGUGCUCUCGUCCUCCUCCCUGUGUUGCCUUUGUGACCCGAGGUCCUCAAGGUGCACAGCCUGGGACAGAAGCCCGCAGGGACAGGGACACGGCCGGUGACAGGGAACCGUAUGAAGGAGGGCUCCAGCCCGGCCCAGCUCCUGCCUUCCGCAGCGUCAGAAGCCGCCCAUCUGUGGCCCCUCCGCCAUGGGGAGGGCAUGGGGGCCCAGCAUGUGGGAAAUCGUGGGGUGCAGCUGGAGGGGAGGCAUGCGCUCCAAGUGUUCUUCCUGCCUGUGCUGACACAGCUGCACGGCGGCAGCACUGGCUUUCACUGUGGGGCACAGAGGGUUGUGACCUUGCCUCGGGUGAGCUGGGAGGAUCCUGGUCUUCCCCUUGUCUAAUGUUGGGAUUUCAGUAAGGUCUUUCCAUCUUGUCCGGGAGAAAUGGAAGGGAAAAGAAGAUACUUGAAAGAACCUGAAGGCAUAAAACACUUGAAAGAAACUGGAAAGAAAAAUACUUUUUUUAAGUGAGUUUUUUUUACAGGCAGAAAAUACAAAGGACACUAAAGGCGAAUAAAUAACACGUUUAAGUGAAAAAGCCAUCAAACACGAGAAUGGCACUGUCCGCUCUCACGUCCGGAGCCCAGGGUCCCAAGCCUCUCUAGCAGCUGGAGCCCUGCGCUCCUAGAAUCGGGACCCUGUGGCUGGUCCUGCAGCAGGUGCUCACGGCUCAUCUCCGUAGCAGCUGAGUUCCUGCCACUCUGAGGUGGAGCUCCCAGCUGUUGCUGGGGCUCCAGAUGCCCCGUGAUUACCUCCCAUCACUCAGCCCCCGCUCCUGCUUCCAUUCCUUCCUUUUGGGACCAGCAGGAAAGAUUCGCUCUUGCCCGUCCGCCAUUCCCGGAUCCUGCUCAUUGGGACGCUCUUGGGCACAGUGCCCAUGUGUGCCUCCAGAACCCAGCCAGGGUUCCUCCCACCAGCCUGGCCUCGCCAGCCCUGCAACCCACUGACCCACCAUCCACUCGCCAAUGCCAGGGGUCUGACGUCCCCCCAGCCCUUCACCGCCGGACCAGCAAGGUGGACCUUUACUUCCAAGCAGAUCUGGCUUUAGGGUCUGAAGAAUUUAAGGCUAAAAGAAUCCUUUGCUGCUGCAAAGAAUGGAUUUUAUCAUUUUUUCCUCUGAUCUUGGCAAAUGAUCUCAUGAAGAGACUCCACCCUCCUUCCUCCUCCCCAGAUGGGACCUUCGUGUUACCUCAGGACCCAGAAAGGAGGACAUUUGCUAUUAUCUGUGCACUGGGCAGUGGACCUGUCCUUCAACUGCCGCUGCCAAAAUCUGCUUUUAUAAAUUCUUCUAGUAAGGGUCUCAAAGAGAACCCAAUUCCUUUUGCUCAAGACCAGGCCUUUGGUCCCACUCAGCACCUGCUUGGUUUCCUGUGCUUUACUGCCUGCCUGGAGUGACUCAGGCCUGUUCAGAAAGGCACAGUUUGGAACCUGGGCACCGCCCCCUCCCCAACCCCAGGCUCACCAGUGUGCGCCAUCGCCAUGAGGCAAGGACCUUUGUCGCUUGCAGCUUAGGAGCUGGGCUUCUUAUAAGCACUUGAAAAUGAUGUGUUUAUUUCAAGACUGAGCAACAUGAGAGCUGCAAGAGUUUCAGCCGACUCCCCUGUUUGCCUGCACUACUGCAGGUGGACUGGAGGGGAGGAGGAUCUGUUUCCUGCCUACAGGAGUUAGCCGCGCUUCCUCUCAGGAGGACCCCUUCUCGGCUGAGGCAGCACUGGGACCUGGCUCGCGAAGGUGCUCAUCCACAGAGACACUGGCCCUCGCACCACUGGGGCCGGUGAAUCCCUUUCCCGUGUCUUGCCACCCCCAAGGUGGCCUUCCUGGGUCCACUCCCGCUGGACCUGAGGCCACACUGCACCCAAGGCCAGCGUUUCUGAGGAAGGUCAAGCCCAUUCUUUGAUCCGGGCUCUGAGCAGUUUCUUGAACCUCAUUUUCAAAGACAUCCCAGCCGGUUCCUGGACAGCUGUGUGCAGUGUUGGGUGACACGGCAUCCAGGGACACUGUGCGCUGUGGCCUCGAGGAGCAGCCUGAGCAGAGGACGCCUGUGUUUGCUGUCCUUGUCAUUUCACCUCCUUGGAUGACACCCGAGAUCAUGGCCAGCUGGGCCCUGACGACCAGCCUCUUGGCUCAGCCACAAGAUGUGACCAAGUAGGAACCCCUCCCUACUUACUGUCUCACAGAAAACCUUUUAUUUAUAGAACGCAUGUCAUUUGUUUUAAGAAACCAAAGAGAAGUAAAUAAAACACUCCUAAUGGA